UAAGAAAUCUUGGCCACAACACAAAUUCAAAGUCGGUGUAAAAGAACGUUUCACUAUGGCCACUGUUCUGGAGGGUACAAAAAUUGAGGAAAAGAAGCUGCAGAGUCUGAUUGAAAGUGCGAUAGACAGAGCACUUAUUGACGGUGCAUUAAUGAGGACAAAAGAAAACCCAGGGUCUUCUGUGGUGGUCAAUCAUUCUCCUUUUGCUUUGUUUCCAUCUGUUGUACCUCAGAGUUUAAUGGAAAAAGCCAAGGGUAUCCAAAAGUCCUUCAACCUUCUGAUGCAUAGAGUUUCUCAUGAUCAUCAUUUUUUGGAACAGGCAUUACAGAAUGUUAUCAAAGUAGACGACUUCACAAGACGAUUGUGGAACAUAUACAACACUGUAAGAGAAGAGGGAUUUAAACAGCCAGUGUCUUUAGGCUUGUUCAGAAAUGACUUCAUGAUGGAUACUAAGAAGGUAGAGAGGAAUGAGGACUGUUCACUGUCACAGAUUGGGGAAAACGCUCAGCUGAAGCAGAUUGAGUUUAACACCAUAGCAUCAAGCUUUGCUGGAUUAGUGGGUGCACUGUCAGAUGUACACAGAUACACAAUAGCCAAGUCUAAAGUAAAGUACACAAAAAAUCAGUUACCUGGAAAUGAUCCAGCUCUUGGUCUCUGUCGGGGAAUGGUUAAAGCCUGGCAACACUAUGGAAACAAAAAUGCGGCCAUUCUGUUUGUCUCCAGUGUGCCAGAACGGAACCGCAUGGACCACAUAUGGAUGGAAAAGAAAAUCUCGGAUAUAGAUCUGUCAAUAGAUGUGGUGUAUUGUAAUUUAUCGUCAUUAUCCAGUAAUAUGUCCUUGUCUCCUGAUAAAAAACUCUUUGUUAACAAUGCAGAAAUAGCUGUUGUCUACUACAGAGAAGGAUACUCCCCAGACCAUUAUCCCAGUCAAAAGGAAUGGGAUGCAAGACUUACCAUAGAAAGGUCAAAGGCCAUCAAAUGUCCCACAAUUCAAUACCAGUUGGCAGGGACUAAAAAGAUCCAGCAGGAACUGGCAAGACAUGGGGCUGUGGAAAAAUUCCUCAGUGAUGAGAAGGAGGCUAACAAGAUUCGAACAGUGUUUGCAGGACAGUACAGUCUGGAUCUGAAUCCUGAUGGAGACAGAAAUGCAGAAAUGGCAAUAAACAACCCUGGAGACUAUGUGUUGAAACCACAACGGGAAGGCGGAGGAAAUAACCACUAUGAUGAUGAGAUAAAGACCCUGCUGUCAGACUUAAAGAAUGAUGAGGCCCGGGCAGGAUAUAUACUGAUGGAGAAGAUCUAUCCGUGGGUCCAGAAAAAUUAUCUCAUCAAGGUCGGAGAGAGUUCUGUACUGAGGGAAGUGGUCAGUGAAAUUGGAGUCUAUGGAACCAUACUGGGAUCAGCAGAUGACGUUUUGGAGAAUGAGGAGGUUGGACACCUGAUGCGGACCAAGUUCUUGGGUGUCAACGAGGGGGGCGUAAACACGGGUUAUUCCUGUCUUGACACACCCUUCCUUAUUGAAUAAACAUGGGGCAUUAAAUUUACUUUUAAAAUUUUUCAUGAGAAAAUAAUUUCUUUAUUGGCUAUAGUGAACCUCACAUGUAAGAUUGAUGCAUAUAGCAAUAGACAUGAGAAGUCGAUUUUGAACUACAGUAUCAAUAUGCUGAAGUGAGUUGGAUGUAACGAGGUUUGACUGUGUAUAUUACCUCAUUUACAUUAUUUUAAGGGGUUUUUUUCUGUCUCUAAUUUGAGUAACUAGAUGUACUGUAACAUAGUACACAUAUUUUACCUGAUAUAGCAUACAUGUAGUUACUAUAACAUUGUAUAUUAGUCAUACCGUACCAACACUCCUAGGCAAUAUACCAUCAUUUUGUAAAAAAAAGAAUUUCAAAUUUGCACGUACAGUUUCAGGAAGGAAUUGGAUGAUGUAAUGGCCAUCACUCCUAUCAAUUUAAAUGCUCAAUGGAGGAAAUUGAAGUCAUAUAUUUUUUAUAUUAUCAAGAAAAUUAAGGUUCUUGAUUACAACACAUUUUCAAAUUCCUGAUCUGUUCUGUAUGAUUUUACCAAUGUAGUCUUUAUGUAUAACGUGAAAAGUUAUAGUCAUGUAAAAGCCAUUUAGGUAACACAUUGGAGACCAGCAUUAUUUUUCUUUGUGACAAAAUUGCUAAUGUCUGGCACCAUUACUAUAGAAUUUUUAAAGGAUACGAUGAAAGCUUACAGUACCCAUUCAUCACAUUGUAUUUUACUUUGAUAUUAUGCUUGAUAGCCUGGUAGCUGUUAUAUCUGUAUAAUUUUGAGAAUACUUGUGUUGAUUUGAUAACUUUAGAUCAGAGGAUAUCCAACAUUUCGGACUCUUCAAGUGAAGUAGGAUUUUGCUGUGUUUAUGGGGGAUUUUCUAUUAUUUAAUCAAACAACAAUUAAUUUAAAUCAUUUACACGCAAUUCACCAAUGAAAAGAUGUUUUGAAAGGAUUUCAAUUUUGGGGUAAUGUUGCAUUUUCAAGAUUUGUGAAUAUUGCAAAAAUAAAGGUGGUUUGUUUCACAAGAAAAUUUUGUGGUAGAUAUGGGUUUUUAGCAAUAUUAAAAUGUUUAUAAAUAGUUUUACAAAAUUCUAUUAUAAUUUUGUAUAGGUAUCCAAUGUCCUUUUAAAUAAUCCUUGUUCUUUUUAAGUAACAUUGAAUGUUAGAUAUUUGUACAGACUGUACAUCGUCUUUAUAUGUCGUUAUUGAAUGGUUAUUAGUUUUAUGUUCAGUGUUUAUACGACAGCUGUCAUUAUUUGUUAGAUAUUUAUUUUAUUGUGUUGAGGUGCUACACAACCUGUAACACAUUUCAUGCUGGGAUAUUUCAUACAUUUUGUUUCUAUAUUAAUCGUAGUAUGUAUUCUAGAAAGCACAAUACCUUUGUACUCAUUAUGCCUCCAUGCCGUUACACGUAUUAGAUUUUCAGUCUUUUGUCAGUCUUUCAGAUUUAUGUACUAUUUGAUAUAUUGCAUCACCUUCUUCAGAUGCAUUCAGAAUAAACAGAAAAUAAUUGCCA